GAUCCCGGAGGAGGAGGGGUCCGAGCAGGGGCCCGAAGAACCCGAGUCCCAGCCUGGCCCGGCCUGCCUCGCCUGGAGCCCCCUGGAGGUGGCGGAGUGGGUUCGGCAGCUGGGCUUCCCUCAGUACGAGUGUUUCCAUCUGAUUUUCCUGCCAGGAGUGCUUUACAACUAACUGCAUCACUGGCCGCAAACUCAUCCACGUUAACUGCUCAAACCUGCCACAGAUGGGCAUAACAGACUUUGACCACAUGAAGGACCUGAGGCAGAAGGGCCACAAAGGAGAAAGCAAGCCUGCUGUGGCAGUACUUCCUGCGUGUGCACAAGAGAUUUCAUGGCAUGUGCGAGAGCUGCUGGGGAUUGAGGAGCCUCUCUGGAGCAGAAGCAUUGCCCUCCCUUACAGGGACAACCUGGGCUUGUUUCUAGAGCACAAAGCCCCAACUGGUGCAAAAGCUGAUGCCCUCACCUUCUCUCAGUUUGUCCAAGAAGCAGGAUUAGAGCCAUAUGCUACAAUUCCACCUUUGUAAAAAGCCCAGACUGCUGUGGAAGCAGACGCCCUCACCUUCUUUGUUCAAGAAGCUACAAUUCCAUCCUCCGGAUUAAAGAAAGGCACAUCCA